AUGCCCACGUAUCGUCGGCAAUGGGAUACUGCAACUGAUGCGGAGAGGAAAUGCGCCAAGUGGGCUCAGCCGUGGCGACUGGCCACUGCUGCCAUCCUGCCCUCCGGUGCUGACGGUGCCCUGCCAGUAACCCAUCCAGAGCUGCGGGAGCUAAUUGCGGCACUCUGGAAGGAUGUCCUAAGGUGGGCGGAAGGAAAGGAGGACCGGUGUCUUGGACUUUUCAAAGCAGAUGUCCAGACACCUCAGACAUUUGGCUGGGCAGGCAGGUCCAAAGCUCCACGAGGGCUUGAUCCUGAUUUUCCUGCCUGCGAGUGGGCUUUCGUGCCUAUGUCCGACCUUUUGCUGACUGUGGCUGAGGGCAUCAUUGGCAUCACCUCCGAAGGCGUGUUUGCGGAUAAUUUCCAAGGACACCAGCGCUUCACCUUGGAAGAGUACUACGAGAAAGUUGGUGGGAGAACUCCCAAAUGA